GAGAAACCAGGGAAAGCAUCCAUCAAAUCAGAAUCAGUCAUUCAAGCAACUUCUAUAACAAUACAAUGGAUUGCACCAGUUGAUGAUGGAGGAAGUCCGAUUACAGGAUUCCAAAUGAUCUUACAAAAGGAUGAAACUGAGAUAAAAAAGGUUAAUAUCACCGAUCCUGGGACGACAAGUUAUUCGUUUCGUGGUUUGGAGAAAGAUACCAACUACACAGUGAAACUGUUUUCCAGAAAUUUUGUGUUCGAGGGAGAUCCUACUGUAUGGAACGUUAAGACUAAGUUUGAAGGUGAGGAAUCAAAAGUGAUAUCGUGAUUGAGCACUUUACACCAAUCGUUUUUCCGCCAACUUAGAUUUGUUUUAACAAUGUUAUCAGCUUGCCGCAUUAUAAGAUUUUUGAUUUUCAGCGUUUGUCCCCUCCUUAGUGGCCAGUUUCCUUUCGCUUUGUGAUAAUUGUUUUAGAGGUACUUACGUUUGAAGAAGCAUAAUAAUAAACAAUGAAAAAAUAAUUAACGUAGGUGAGAACAAUUGACAACCUACGCGGUUACGUUCCGUAAAUGCUGCCUGAUUUGCCUGGUCGUUUUUUUUUUUUUCUUUUUUUUUCAUAUUUUCUGAUGUUCACCUUUCAUAAUCUGCUAUAUGAAUCAGCAACAACAACAGCCGUUAGAUAGUGACCUUUAGGUUAGUUGGAUACAGUUUUCCUAAACUCUUACCGGCCACAUUCAAAACGCCCAAUAACCAACUAUCCCUUUUGUCAGUGAGACGAUUUCCACACAUCGUUUUACCAAAGAAUUGAAGUUUGAAGAAAUAGGCCUUUCAUGAAAAUCGCUUCUAAUAUUCAAACAUUAUGGGGAAAUCUCGUCAAACAGUUUGUGGACGGCCUCGAAGAAUCCUCCGUUUAUUUUCUUUAAGAUGAGAAAUAGCUUGUUUUUAUUUCUCAGGGAUAAGCCUAAACCAAAACAUUUAAGGUUCCCGUUUUCAAGAAAGUUUCUUUCGAAUCUCAUCCGGCACAUAUCUCAGUCAACAAAAGAAGUAUUGUGGUAAUAGGUGUGAAUUUAGUAACUGAAGUUGAGCAGCCGUAACAUGGCAAUGAAGUUCGUCGCACCUGUUAUCGCUUUAGCGCUUCUUGUCAUUGCCUCCUCGACUGGCAACCUCCAUGGAGAAAAAAGCGGAGCAUGCGCACUCAUUUUCCCGCUGUGUGAUCGCAGAGUGCCUGUACUAAGUCAUGCACGAUGUCAAACUUUGAAAAGCAGAAUAUAGUUGCACACGAACUGAGAUCCCUUCUGUAAUUACGGGACACAAACGAAUGGUGAAUUGCGACGUCAUCUAUGCAUCGGUCUUUUAUUUGAUCUCGUGUAAAUAGCGAUGAAAUACCAGUAGAAGUCAGUGUGUCGUUAAAAUUCACCGUGUAAAUGCAGUAUUUGUUUUAGGCAAUAACCGAUCAUCAUUUUAGGCUUCUCAUUAUCGCUUCAUCUCAGUACUUAACUUAAUUUUGCUUGCCAUACACUUUCGUUUCAAAAACAUCCCAAAUAAAUCCUCGACCAAUUUACAGAUUAUUUAAUCACUGAUAAUGGUGUGACUAGGUUUGUAACAAGAAGUUGUAUAAUUAUUGGAAAUUUCACGCUGUUCGUGUUGUUGACAUCAAUCUAGGAGCCCCAGAUGUGGUCGAAAUAAACGAACUGCCAGAUGAAACAACAGAUGAUACAAUUACCCUAGAGUGGAAGAAGCCAGAAAGUAAUGGAAAAGUUAUUAUCAUGUAUACAGUGUACCAGAGAGUAGUGACUGAUGGAAAAGUGGGACAGUGGACAAUAAUAAAGGAAAUCAGCGAUGUUUCUGUAAGAGAAUUGAAAAUAGCAUUGGAGAGAGGAAAGGUGUAUCAGUUUGCCAUUACUGCAACUAAUGAGCUUGGUGAAAGCCUAAAACAAGAGAAAGCAAAUAUCCAGCAAGUCAAAGCAAAAGAAGGUAUGUUCAAAUGAAUCUUAUUUUCCCCUUCCAACGGUUUAUCCUUUUCUUUACUUAGUUUUCAAGCACUCUCCGUGUCAUCAACAUCGAGGUUUUUACGGGUGAAUUCUUCGCUUGCAAGAACCUGAAUCAACGAGAAAAAUUUUUUACUUACGUCGCAGUUGAUAUUUGUAUGCCAACUGCAAAUAUAUGGCAUAUCUAUUAACUGUCAUUGGCUGGCACUCACAGAUAUUUUAAGUAGUUUACUGAUACAUGCUGAUCUGAAUCUGGAAAGAGAAGUCUGCAACACUUUCGUUUUGUCUUUUCACAUUUAAAUUAACCGCUUUUUUCUUUUCUUUUCCGUCAUCAGUUAGUUGAUGCCUCUCUCCCGCAAAAAAAAAAUUCACACUCCCACACUGAAUUCCGAGAACUCUUCUGUCAUUUUCUCCACCACUGCACUUUACUCUUCAUACCGAUGAAAGCGACUUCGCACUUAGCUUCCUCUGCGCACCGUAAUUUCGACACCAGAUUACUGAGCCGCGAGAACUCAGAAGUGGCCUGUUGUCGGCGAUUUCGCUUUAGCUUAAUUAAGAAUGUAUGAUCACGCUGCCUCACGCAGAGAGGUUGUCAAUCUUUUCAGAGAUUUUUUUCGGUGAAGCUACAGAGCGUGACACAAACUUCCUGUCUCAAGGUCAUGAAGGGGUCUUCAUUUCCUUAGGUCUUAGGUCCUAGUUUUCGGGGAUUUUCGUUUUCGCUACAAGCGUAGUUCGCUUUCUCUUUGUUGUUGACCUCUUUUUAGUCUGUUUUCUGGAGCUCUUUCAACCUUCUCACGUUCGUCUUCGCAUGAUAUUCGCCAUUUUACUUCAGCCUUUUCUUGUUCUCUAUCGUCUUCCCCUCGCUGUGUUCUACCUAUUCUUCGCCCUAUCAAACCCCAUUUCGCGUUUUUCUCGACUCGCUCCACGUCUUUUCAGUUCUUUCUCUCUUUGGUCUCUCAGUCUAUUUUCACUCGAGAUCCUUUCUCCAUGAACUUGAAUUGUCAUAAUUUCUUCCGUUUGGAAAAGCUUUGGCUCUGAGUAUCGUUGCUUUGCAAGUUCAUUAGAGAUUGCAAAAUACCAAGAAUCACUUUUCAACAACAACCUCACCAGUAUGAUUUCCCGCUCAAAACACGGGUUGCAAAUUCUUUCCUUGCGCUGCUUCACAUCCUCUAACCCACAUGAAGCCUUUCUAGUUUUAUACAAACAUCUUUGAAGUCGAAUCUAAAGUCUCUUGUCGUUAUCAAGUUUGAGAUGAGAUAUUCUAGUUCUAGCCUGUCUUCGUUUAAAUCAAACUUUAGCAGCGCAUGAAACAGAUACAAGACAAAUUUCAUAUUUCAGUGGCCAGAGUUGCCAUGAUCAUUGAAAUUUGGUUUAAUGAGGACAAUCAUGAAACACGAAUAAUCAAGAGAAGAAUUGAGAAAAUAACUGGUUGAAAGUGACUUUUCUUUUUAAUUUAAUACAAUUACCGGUGGAGUUUGACACAAUAGAGGAGACUGUGGAGUGAACAGUCAUACCUGGCGACAUUAAGAGAAGAUACAAGAGAAGUCCGUACGUUUCUGGCGUAUUGUUUCACUGACUCACUGUUCUCACUUAUACCCAUCUAUUAAUCGACCGGUGAUCUCUUAACUGGAAGUUGCUUACGGUCGUUUCUUUAAAACUCUAACUUAUUUUCCCAAACCAAAGUUCACAAUAACGCUCAAUGAAAUAUUAUUUCAACCGACGCCGACAUCAUACACGACAUCUGAAGAAGAAAACGUUAUUUAUCCUGAACCUGUGUGCACUAUGAUUGCCUUUCAUCAUGGUCGCAAAAGAAAAACUGAAGCCCCGUUUAACGGUCAGGAUAGCUGACGAUAGUUUCAACUAUCAAGCGCGUUUGAACACGAGCUAUCAUGCUCUAUCAUCGCAUUUCAUCAAAUAUCAUGUAGUUUGGACAUGUUCAAAUUCGACAUGAUAGUUUUUGCUGUUUGAACGAGAGGAAGAUAGUGAAUGAUAAUGGUUAGGUCAGCAGUUUUGCUAAAAACGGGCUCAAACCGAAAUGGCAAAUGGUAAAAUGACAAAAAUAGCCGUCGAAAUUCCUCAGAAUGUCUCGUAGUUAAUUCUCAUCAUUUCCUGGUAGGCUUCAGUAUCUUUAACUUGUAACUUCUUGACUAAAAUUUCAAAUGCCACUGAAAUUGCUGACCUCAGCGUGGACCAUAUUUGUGUACAAUUACGCGAUCUCAUUGGGUGGUAUUUUGUCAACUAUCAUCGACUAUCAUGAACCAUUUGAACACAAACUUGAUAGUGAAUGAUGUGAAUGAAAGUUGAAACUAUCAUUCAGUUGUCUAUCAUCAACGAUCGUGAUGGUUUGAACGGGGCUUAAGUCAUUUGCAUCCUGUUGCAGUCGAGUGAACAUCUUUUAUGGAAGAGAGAAUAGUGAGAAAUGUAUAUAAUGGGAAUUCACUGUCUGUUGCCGCUCCUUCGUAAAAAGGAAAGUUAAAAAGUGUUGAAGGGUCUGUGGGCUCCCGUCAUUCUUCCGCGAGCAAAUUCGUUCUUAGGAGGAAACCAAAGAGAUUCUGAAAGAAUCGAAACAGCAGUCUUGCUUAAGAAUCUUCACGAAAGGCAGCAAUUACACUCUCAGCCGAUGGCUGUGUGAAUAAUAUCGAAUUCAGAAAUUACAUUCCUCGACGGGACUUAUUUAUAAUGACAGGGAAUCGACCCUUGACAUACAAAUGUAUUACAAAGAGAUAGAGUCACCUACUAGGCGUAAAUAGGGGGCUGAAAUCUGAGGUCGCUACGUUCAUCACUGUAUAGGCUCUACUUUUUUCACCAGAGAGGAACUCGAUUAUUUUUUAACUGCUGUCAGUUACUUUCAUCCAGCUCUAAAAUAGAUCUGGGAAAUUUCUGACACCUCUUUGGCUUCUCUACAAGUCAAAGUUAACAGAUGACGGUCUAUGCAUUAGUGGGUGUGCUGCAGACCCACGGAGUCUCAUGGUUUUGUCAUCUUCAAAUCCAUUACAUGUCAAGAAUACCAUUCCUUAUUCUCAGUGUCUUAGGCUUCAUUGCCUAUAUAUUGACAGUUCUGAUUUUUCAAGAUAUCAGAGGCAAUAUGCCAGGUCUUCAAAAACCCGUGGCCAUCCUGCCUUUGUCAUUCAAGGGAGUCUUUAACAACUGAUCGAAAGUCGGCAAUCCACAAACGUCACAGUAGGAAGAGAAUGAUCGUAUUCCAUAUUAGCGGCACAAUCACGCAAUAAGACCUGUCCUUCUGACAAAUUUAAAUAACUUCAAAAUGAUCCAAAAACUGGUAUAUUAUUUUUUUGCGUAAAACGGACAACUGUUUGGUCAGUAUAAUGUUAAGACUGGCUAUACCGAUGUCAUCUAUUUCAUAACUUGCGGUUAUUUAAAAAAGUUAUACUUGGGCGAAAAGGAAGACGACUAGGGGAACGAUUCUGAAGACACCAUCGUGACACAAAAUACAAGAAAAACAAUAUCUCUCAAAUUGGCCUCCCAUUCGUACAUUUUAUACCAGUGUUCUUUUUUAAGUAAAGGCUUUAUACAUGAGUUCAAAUGAUAAUUCUUGUGCAAACAAACACACACACACACAUUUUAAGUCGUAUUUUGUUUUUCCCCAGUUCAAACAGUAAGCACAGAAGUUUACCUGACAGCGACAAUACAGGAGAACUGUAGCAGACGUUCAGAAGUUGCUGCGAAAUUUCCAGAAAUGGUUAGAUAAUCUACUUGAUCUAUAUACUGGAGUUUAUAAUACUGCCAUGAGAUUUAUCAUGAAAAGUGAAUCUUAAUCAAUCUGUUCUUGAAUCAAAUCUUAAUAUUUCUGUUAAAAAAAUGAUAUUUUGAACGAUCUUCAAUAUGUAACAAGCAUUUGAAUGUACGUUUUUUCUUCAUAUGUCCUUUUAGGCUUGUCAAAUUGCCUUGAGGUUUGGCUGCUCAUCCGCCAACACUGUGAACACCAGGUAAGGUACAGUUUGUUGUUCUACACUGAAACAACAAAUGCAAACUCAAAUUUGCCUUCUAGUAGGGGAGAGGAGCUUUAUUUCAAUGUGUUGUAUUUUAGCUGUAAAAGUGUCUUUUCUGCUUUAGCAAAUCUUAUUUAAUACAAGAUAAUUUAUGUUUGAAGUCUAUUGUCUUUAAUAUUGUCUUUAUUUACCUUGGUUUAAUACAUUGGUUAAAUCUCAAUAUAUUUUAACACUUAAAAAUCACCAAAGUACGAAUGUGUGCGAUGAUGCUCUCUGCUCUCUCUCUCUCUCUCUCUCUCUCUCUCUCUCCUCCUCCCCCCCCUUAUCUAGGUGUGGCAGUGUUGUUCUUGACUUUAUGAUGAGGUUCAAUCAAACUGUAGUCGUCAGCAAUGUUUUGAUUGUCCUGUCGGAUGCUGCGAGGCAAGACAAAUUCAGAGGUUUUAAAGUCAAUCCAGACUCAAUUAAACAAGUUUUAAUACCCACAGAUGGCUCGGAAAGCACAACAAAAGGUAAAUUUUAUAAAGACAUUGUUCAAUGUUUACAUGUAUUCUUCCGAAGAUGGACUGUUUAUAAUUGUAUUCCGUAUCUAUUUAAUUAAACAACUUAUUCUGUGACUGAUACACUUCCAAGUUUUUGUUUUUUUCGUUGUUGUUUUAUUUAAUUAAACAAAGUCUUACUCUUAAAAAUUAUUUUAGAGAGAGUAGCACCUUACUCUUCCUUCGUACCAAGCCAAUUAGAGUUAACGUUUUCCGGUCAUGAACCUCAGCUAUGUAGUAAGAGCAGUGUAUCCACCAGGAUCAGUGUAAAUGUUGUUUGAAUGUUAUUUCAUCAAGCUUUGCAAAAUGAAUCAUUUUAGGUCCUGAGGAAUGUAACUGCCCAUCCAACAACGUCUUGUUGGCCGUAAUUGGGGUUCUUGUCUUCACAGUCCUUCUUCUAAUUAUUUACAUAAUCUGGCUACAUAAGAAAGGUAGGUAAAAGAAUCAUAAUCUAUGUUUGGCUGCAAGAUUCUUUUUCACGCAAAAGUAAAUUUUUACUGACGUUUACAUCAUUUGUAUUUUUUCCUUUCGUUUUUUUUCAGGCGCUGUAGGGAAACAGAGGUAAGAAUUUUCUGCUAGUUGGAUUGUGUCGAUGUAAUGUGCCCGAUAUGGUUUCAUCUUAACACAAAACUCCAAUAAAAACUGAUGAAAUUCUUAGCGUUUUAUAAUUAUUUCUAUGCUUUCUCAAUUGUAGGACUUAUGAAGAUGAGAGACGUGUUUACGACGUAAGUAAAUGAGAGGGAAAAAAUUUGUAGUUCUACAUAAAAAAAGCAUAUUGCAUCAGAGGCAGAUACAAUGAAAUAAAAGAGGAAGUUAGGCUCAAUAAGGUCUUUGUCCUGUGAUCAUGUCCUUUACCAAGCCACUCCAUGGAUUUUCCUUCGAUUGUCCCUGGUUCAACCGCUUGGUUUCACUUCACAGAUCGCUAGUUGGUCUGCACCCGGUUGAUAUUUGCUUUCUAAAUAAUAGAUUUCGUGCAUUUAGGGCGUCGUAUUUUCUUGAUGCCUUAUUUUCUAAACGUGAGUUUAGGAGCUUGGUACUGCAAGAGUUGUUUCGUGCGUUUAUUUGUCAAAAUAUUGGACUACCAAUCGACAAUCUUCACGUUGCAGUUUGUAGCUUCGACGAAUAUGCUAUGAGCCUCAAUCACUCUAUUGGACAUGAUAAUUUCAAAAGCAGAGAACAAAAUGUUAGUAAUAAUAAUGACAAGAGGUUAUAAACUAUUUAUAAUCUCUUAUCAUGGAAGAAUAUAAACAUUUGUCUGAUAAAAAUGGGUGAACUGAUUUUUAUAACCAUGAGGUACUUUUUACUGGGAUUAAUAACCUUAACAGUGUGUUGGUUUUAUAGAAUGAAACAUUAUUAGAAGAUAUCGAACCAAGUCUACCUGAUUCAAGAAAACUCACCCAGCCUCAUGCGGAAUACAUGGAUCUCAUAGAAGUCAACAAAGAUGAUAGAAAAGCACAAAGUACCCCUCCAGGUGCUGAUUACGUGCCUCUUCAUCCAUUAACACGCUGCUGGGAAGUUCCUAGACAUAACGUGACCAUAGAAAAAAUCAUUGGUAAAGGUGCUUUUGGUCAGGUUGCCAAGGGAACAGCAGUAGGACUUCGAGGGAGUCCUGAAACGACCACAGUGGCUAUUAAGAUGCUUAAAAGUGAGCUCUUGUACUGUAAAUUGAAUGAGUCUUGGCCUACAGACAUUCAGGAAAUGUUACCGGGUUACUGUAAUUAUUUAGCUAUUUGCCAUUUCAUAAGUUACGUUGUUAUUCCGACAUUUCGCAUAUUAUUCCCGUUAACCAAAUUUUACUCCUUGUUUUUAAUGCUCCAGCAAACGCUACUGAAUCGGACAAGAGAGAUCUGAUGAAAGAACUUGACACAAUGAAACAGCUAAAACCACAUCCUUACGUCAUUAAACUUCUGGGAUGUGUUACUGAAUCUGGUAUGCUUUGGUUAUGCGGGUCUAAUUUUGCUGUACACAUUUUUCUUAUGAUUUACUCUGUAACGCUUUCUCGUCAUUGAUAAUUUGCCUCAGUGGAAGGGUGACCACUUCGCAAUUGAGCAAAACAAACAACCAUCGCAUAAGGUAAUUUUAUCUUAUUUUAGCCAACACAGACGUUCCUGGAUUUACUGAUAGACUAAGACCGAAUAUUUGCCACUGAACAGAUCAUUCUGUUGUAGAAGCAGAAACGCUUUUUGUAAGGGAAUAAUUGGUCUGUACUUUCUUAUGAGACCGUCGCAUAGUUUUUCUUGUUUUCAUGCGAUUUCUUCAAAAGUGUUGAUCAUGACUGGGCCAUUCAUCUAUUUCAAUUACUGCUUUUUUUUAAAUGAAAGUAACAUAUCAAUUAAAUUAUUUAAUUUCUUCAGAACAGCUGUUGGUUUUGAUUGAAUAUGUGCCUUUUGGAGAUCUGCUGGGUUACCUGAGAAAGAGCCGUGGAUUAAAAGACACUUACUACAAAGACCCGGAUAUCAAACCACAAACAAAUCUGACGUCACAGCAGCUGAUGAAGUUUGCUUGGCAAAUUGCUGAUGGAAUGAGUUACUUGUCCGCAAAAUCUGUAAGUUAGUUAAAAACACAGAAGACAAACAAUUCUAUCGUCAUGUUAAGCUCUGGCAUGGAAUAUUAUGUCUUCACAAGAUCACGCCUGGGAGAUGCAGACGUAUUCUUACGGUCUUGUCGAGGCUAUUUCUUUAGGGCCAGGAACCCUCCCGAUUUUGACGUCAUCAUAUAAGUUUUAUUUCAAUGCGAGAAUGGCGAUAUUUGUGCAUCAUUGCAAGUGUACCCCAUCGAAAUAAAAUAUCUGGGUUUUUCUCGUGUGAGCAAAGGCAGAGACGUGAAGGAAUAGGAUCUUUUAAGAUAUUCAGCUUAAACUGAGUGUACAACAAAUAUCCAUUUUAGUGACAAGGAAGAAAAGGAAUUAAAACUUCAACUUUAAAAAAUCGUCUUUGGUCGCUAAACUGCUUCAUUACAGAAUCCUAUUUCGAUUAAAAUGUUAAGGUAAGCGUUCUUUGAAAUGACUACGUAUUGCAAAAAAAAAGUAGUUUGCUUCUCUUUGGAAUACGGAACAGAUAUUGUAGUAGUUUUAACUUUCUGCCAUCUGGAAGAAAAAGAAAUACACACACAAUAUUAUGUUGCUAGAUAUUUCUAUUUUCCUCUCUGAACCAUUUCAUUUCAGUUCUUUUUCAUCUACAAUCGCUAAUUUUUGCUGUUACAUCAAUUCUUUCUUAGAUCAUUCACCGAGACCUUGCGGCCCGUAAUGUGUUGGUUGGACAAAAGGAAAUGUGUAAAGUGACAGACUUCGGAAUGGCCAGAGAUGUGCAGCAGGAAAAUAUUUAUGAACGAAAGACAAAGGUAAUCAAGAAAGAGGGGAGGUGAGGGCGGUAUCACAUUUCGUUCAGUUUAGUGAUCUUUGACAUCAUUGUUGUGGUUGAGCUGAUAUAUUCCUGAUUUCGAUCAUGAAUUCCUUGGGACCCUAAUGAAACUAUCAGCCAUGCGUAUACGAAUACAAUUUUAAAUAUCACUAUUUCUGACUACUCGCUUCCUAUAAUUCUCGAGCUGUUUCACAAAGUGAUAUUUAAAAUCUUUAGGGCCGUCUUCCCGUGAAGUGGACAGCUUAUGAGGCCUUAUUGUAUGGUAAAUAUACCACCAAAAGUGACGUGUAAGUAUACCUGAUUAUAACCCGUAGCAGUUUAUCAAAAAUUUUAUCAAUUUUAAUCAGGACUUGAAUUCUAUGCUUUGUCAAAGAAUACAUAUAUUUUAUUCGUCGUAUAUACUGUUUAUGUCUUUAGUCACUUAAUUUAUAUUCGUUUGAUUUGUCUUUCUACAGAUGGAGUUAUGGAGUUCUGUUAUACGAGAUUUUCACCAUAGGUAACAUCGAAUGGAAUUUUAUGAGGCUCUGUAGAUGUUUUUGCUUUACACCAUGUUUAAUUCAACAAUGUAUCGUGUUCAGUUAGACAAACGUAAUGAGCUUCAAACUACAUCUAGUGACAAAGGUGGUGUUUCAUUGAAGGUCGUUUUUUUUGUCACAUUUAUAUUUCGAUGGUCUUGUGGUUCUUCCAGGCGGUUCACCUUACCCACGAAUGGAUGGAAGAAAAAUUGCAAACUUACUCCAGGAUGGAUACAGGAUGCCUAAACCACAAACACGUCGAUGAAAAAUUGUAAGUUUUCUUUAUUUACUUGUUCUCCCUCGUCGUACAAGGAAACAUUCUUUAAAUCUUUAACAGAUUAUUUGAAUAAUACCAGGUAUCAGAUCAUGAUGAAAUGCUGGAAGAAUGACCCAGACGCAAGACCAACUUUCACCGAAUUGAAAAAUCAGCUUAAGGACAUGGAAACCCUACACAAGGUCAGAAUUUUUAUCAAUAUGAAGUUUUUUUUUUUCACGUAA